AUGGCUAGAAUCGAUUACAAAGUUCUAAGACAUAUUCAUGAUAACCCAUCAAAUUACACUUGUAAGCCGUCGGGUAAAGGAAACUAUUUUCAUGGUAGUGUUCCUCAAGAGUUGAUUCAACUCCAACGGUUAAAAGUCAUGGACUUUAGUUUGAAUAAUUUUGAUGGUGAAAUUCCUUCAUGGCUUCAUUUCUUACCUAAAUUACAAAUUUUGAGUCUUAGAGGAAACAGUUUUCCAGGUUUCAUCCUGCCUUUUCUCUCUAAUAUAUCCAUGUUCCAGUAUUUGCAUCUCUCUUCCAAUCCUCUACAAGGGAAAAUCCUGGAAGACAUUGGAAAUCUUCAUAACUUGAAAACACUUGCAUUACAAGAUAAUAGACUCACUAGUGUAAUACCACUGCAGAUUUUCAACAUAUCGACAAUGGAAUUUCUUGCUUUUGAAGAGAAUAACUUUAUUGGUAAUCUCCCUCUUCAAGUAUGCCACGGCCUCCCAAUACUCCAAGGGCUUUAUCUAGCUAGAAAUGAUUUGGAUGGAGAAAUUCCUUCCAAUCUAUCAAAAUGUUUACAACUUCAGAACCUUUCUUUGUCACACAACAAAUUUAGAGGAUCCAUUCCCGGAGAAAUUGGGAGUAUAAGGACGCUUCAGUAUUUAUAUCUUGGUGUCAAUGAUUUGUCCGGUGCAAUUCCAUGUAAGUUGGGUAACAUGGAGAACCUCAAGAAGUUGAUCAUGGGAUAUAACUUUCUUAAUGGCUCUAUACUAGCCAGUAUCUUUGACAUUUCAUCGUUGCAAUAUAUUGAGAUUCAACAUUGCUGCCUAUCUGUUUGGGCACUUUACGAGAUUGGCACUCUUUACAACUUGGAGCAUCUUUCUUUGAACAACAAUAACUUAAAUGGACCAAUUCCAAACUUCCUUGGGAAUUUGGGAUCGAUUGAGAAAGUAGACUUGCAAGAGAACAAUUUCAUUAGUAAAUCUCCAGAAAUGAGCUUCAUCACAUCUUUGACAACCUGUAUAUAUUUAACAAAAUUGGCUUUUGGCAACAAUCCUUUGAAUGGCAUUCUUCUGUUCUCAAUUGGAAAUUUGUCCACUUCUCCUCAAUAUCUUUAUGGUGAUAAUUGUGAUCUCAGAGGCAGCAUUCCAAAUGAAAUUGGCAAUCUCACCAAUUUGACAAUGUUAAGUCUGUUUGGCAAUGAGUUGACGGGAUCAAUUCCAACAAGCAUGGGGAAUAUGCAAAAGCUUCAAGGAUUAUAUAUUCUUCGCAAUAAAUUAAGUGGAUCUAUCCUGGACUCCCUCCGUAGUAUUCCAAGCACAACUGGAGAUUUACAGAGCUUGAGUGAUCUUUCCUUUGCAUAUAAUGCACUGCAAGGAUCUCUUCUGGAGUCCAUGGAUAAGAUGCUGAGCUUGGAACAACUAGAUCUAUCUCACAACAAUCUUUUUGGUAAUAUCCCCAAAUCCUUGGAGGCACUUAAGUAUCUCGCGUACUUGGACGUUUUUUCAAUGAUUUAA